AUGUAUACGUCAGACUGGCAGACUUUUGCUGCUGCAUCCGUUCAUCUCUACCGCCAGAGCCCGGACAAGCAGGUGCGGUACUGCAUACGAUGGCGAAAGCAUGAAGGCAGACUCAUUCUGAAAGUCACUGACGACGUAAAGUGCUACAAAUAUCGCACACGGUCUAGCGCCAUCAUCAAUCGCUUCAAUCUGCUCAAUGCGACGCUCAUGGCAGAGAUGCAAGGCCGACCAGAGCCUGCAGAGCCUGCUCUUGUUGCUACCACUAGCUUACCAGCAGCUAAUGGCGAGCUCGCCGCCAGCGCAGGCCGCACAGCUGGCAGUCGGUCAACGUGUGGAGCAGAUCGCGAUGCUGCAGUUGCUCGUACGGUCGAGGCAGCUCGUGCACUCGUCCAUCUGAGCACGGACCCGCUCAGACGCUCCGUUGAGGCGCACGAGCAUUCUCAGGCGAUGUACCAGAAUGCAGAUGGCCUGACUCGUUUCCCUUCGCAACACAGUCGCCGUCGCGUCUAUCGAGCAGAGUAUCUGGGCAUGGAUGUCGCCCUCAAGGAAAUCCUCGCUUCUGCGGAAUAUGACGUCGAGAAGUACUUUGCCAGGGAAUUGACAUUGCUGUCUAAUUCUCGCCAUCCUCACGUUGUCCUCUUCAUCGGACUCUGUGUUUGUCCUCGUAGUACGACCACUGAUCAUCGCAAACGGAUACUGAUCGUGCAAGAAUACAUCGCCGGCGGCAAUCUUCGUCAAUAUAUAGACAGUGACCGUCCGUUGCCAUGGGCACUCAAGCUCGCAUUCGCCAUCGACCUUGCUCGUGCUCUUGCGUACUUGCACACUCGCAAUGUCAUGCAUCGCGAUAUCAAGGGUGAAAACAUACUCGUCACCUCCUCUUUCGCCCUGAAGCUGGGCGAUUUCGGAUUCGCCCGCAUCGCGCCUCGCUCAGACAACGAGCGUGAUCGUCUUUCUUACUGCGGAACUGACGGUUACAUGUCACCCGAGAUGAUGAUGGGACACGAGUUUGAUCUGGCAACCGACGUCUUCUCGCUCGGCGUUAUCCUCGCCGAGAUUGGCGCUCGAACGCUCGUCGGAUCUAAGCGCGCCUUUCGUCGCAACUCAGACUAUACACUAGAUUCCAACGAGGUACGACAGCGCUGUGGUCCUGACGCUCCUGAUGGCUUUGUCGAUCUCGUCCUCGCUUGUUGCGUACCCGAUCCGGUCAAGCGACCUGAUAUUCGCUACGUCCUCAUUUCCUUGCGCGAAAUCGAACGUCUCCACCUGAUACGCGAUGCCCAUGAAACUACAUGUCCUAGCCGAGCUUUACCAGACGCGCGCGAUCCUACUCCCAAUCCGCGGCAGACAGAAGCUAGCGCAUUGAUUGGCGUCGCAAAUACGGCAAAUCCAUCUCGAUCAGUACAGAUGCAGACACAUGCCUUCGCCACGCAACAGCCGCUGCUCUCUAUCGCAAAGCCGGUCCCGAGUUGCGGCAUUUGCUUGAGCAGAAUCACUCUUACUUGUCCCUACUUACAAUGCCAACGCUGCAAUCUCGUAAUUCACGAUGCGUGCGCCAAGUCGGCUCUUGUCAACUGCUCUGCGCCUGCGGAGUACACCACAGAGCCUUUGCUAGCCCCUAUGCGUCGCGGCUUGCGCGUGCGCAAGAGGCCGGCGCCAGAUCACUGAUCCUAGAAGGUUUUGUCCUUAUGAGUCAAGGUAUAUAUACGCCUUAUGGUGCAUUUCUCGCACAAACUGGCUCGCUUGUUGUAGUGGUAGCAUAUCGGUCUUCGAUCUUGUAUGGGAACCGACGGUC